AUGCCUUUUUUGCUCUUUAGGAUCAAUGAUCCCUAUAAACUGCCUUGCGGGCAUACGUUUUGCCUACGACCCUGUAUCUUGUCUCAUGCCAAAGCAGUGACGGGACGAUGCAUCAGUUGUCAUCUGGAAUUCAACGCCUCCGAGUUGAGACCGAACUAUUUAGUGGCGGCAAAACUCCACUUAAGCCUCCAGGAGAAGUCGGAGGGGGAAAAUAAUAGCUCGAAGAAUCCGAAAGUCUCGGAUCUUGCCAAAAGUGGUGAUCAAAGUCGGUGUAGCAUCUGCCAGAAAUGGACAGAUGAAAACCAACUGAAGUAUUGUAAACACUGCCAUCGAAAUGUCUGCCCGACUUGCUUGCAAAAGCACUUUGAUUCAUACAGUUUGCAAGUACGAGUACAGUUGACUUCGAUGCAUCGCAAAGAACGUGAGCUAAAUGUGGUAUUGCAAAAUUUAAAGACGAAAUUGUCGGCUGCUUCUUCUAUACCAGCUUCUUCUGCAAAGACAACCAUCAUCUCCCAGUUAGACGAGGCUAUAGUUCAACUCAAGUGUGCUGUUAGUCAGUCCUUAGAAAAUGCAUUGAGGAAGGUGGAGGUACUCGAGAUGGACGGUGCAGCAGUACUGAAAGUUAAGGUGGACGACUUGUUAGCUAGUUCUAGUGAUCUGAAUGAGGUGGAGCAAAUCUACAAACAAUUGGAAGACGGUACAAUUAGGAAACUUGAGGAUGCGGAGAAAGUAUAUGUGCGCUUGAGAGAUAGUACAGAGAAGGCUAAGAGUGUGUUGGAGUCUUUCGAUCCUCUUCCUACUUUGCCAAUUGUGGAAUUCGGACUAUCGAAGAGGGUGCAAGAGAAUAUUGAAAAACUAGAAGAAAUCGAUAUGAUAAUUGGGUGUGGUUCCGUGCCACUGUCAUCUCUCUUCCCAGACCAAGGCGCUCAAAUGAAGAGUCAUGCUGGAAGAGGGGCAUCGACUACACAAAUCUCCAAAGUGAAGUUCUUUGUGGGUGGACUUCGAAGAACUCACACUGAGGAGCACUUAAGGAGGUAUUUUGAGAGCAAAUACGGCCCUUUAGUGGACUGCCACGUGUCAAAAGACUUUAAGACUAAGGAGUCGCGAGGCUACGCUUUUGUGACCUUCAAAGAGGCCAUUCAUGCCUCUCGAGCAAUGUCGGACUUUCCACAUUUCAUCGAAGGUGUGCCAAUUCAACUUAGACCAUAUAAUUUGCCGAAUACCGAUCAGAGUAGAAACCCACUUGGUGUUGCCUCAUCACACGAGACAGCUAAAAAGCCCCCCAAAAACCGUGUAGUGGUGGUUGGAAUUUCCGAUACCACAACAAAAGAUGCAAUUAAAGCCGCCCUCUCAAAGAUCGGUGGAGUUUUAAGUGUGGACAUGGAGUCAAAGAGGGGAUUUGGAAUUGUGAAUUUCGAGAAGUCCGAAACAGUCGACCGGGCAGUUUUCAUGAGUCAAGUUAAGAUAGAUGGUAAGGAUUGCGAUGUAUAUCAUUACAAUAUUGGGAAGAGAGUGAUAAGAGAGAGGGAGGGAGAAGGGGAGAAGAAUGGUUCGUGUGAACAUGUUGACAAACUGAGAUUAUUUAUUGGUAACUUGAAUCCUUCAGUUAGCAGGGAGAUGCUAAAGGAGCACUUUUCCAGAUUUGGAACUGUGACGAAAGUGGACAUAAUUUGUAAUCGCCAGAGUUCAAAACCACGUGGAAUGGCAUUUGUUAACAUGUCCUCUGAAGAGGAGGUGGAGGGAGUUUUGAAAGGAUGUCCACAU